UGGUACGGUAGACGUCUACUCGGCAAGUAGUUUUCAAAUGUUCCAGUUGUGUUCAGUUUAUGUUUACUUUUAGUUAGGUUAUAGUUUUGUUUCUUUGAUUUGUACGCACCAUGACUUACUCGACGAGGAUAUUCCUAUUUGUCUGCUUAUGUACCUUUCAAGUGCUUGCAACAGAAGAGCUUGUAUUGUGGGAUUGCCAUAACGGUCAACAAAUUGAAGAAAUAUACAAGUGCGACAUGGUUACAGAUUGCUGGGACGGUUCGGAUGAAUCGAGGGAAGUUUGUAAUUCUACCUGUUCGGCCGAAGAGUUCGCUUGCAAGACGAAAAACGAAUGCGUUGCACCGGAGAAUGUUUGUGAUAAAUUCGAUGAUUGUACAGACGCCAGCGACGAAGCCUUUGAAUUGUGCGCUCCGGUUGCAACUACCGAACCUCCUGACUACGGUUUAUGUCCCGAGUCGGAUUUUGGAUGUUUGGACGGAUCGAGAUGUGUGAGCAAACGAUUUGUUUGUGACAAUCACCCGGAUUGUGCUGAUGGUUCAGAUGAAAACAACUGCGAGAAUGCCGAAAUCGAUGUUGUCGUUGGUCCAUCUGAGCCACCAACCACCAGUGAGAAUUCCCAAGAAAUGCUCCAAGAGGCCUUUUCUUACCAAAUGCCAGCUCUUCUGGCCAACUCUUAUAGUGGAUCUAAAUAAAAAACUAGACAAAAAAUGCUUCAAGAAGCCAAACUCGAAACGAUGUACCAAGUACCUUCGUUUCUUAAAAUCAGUAUUGCACGGACGACCUUAUCCCAAGAAACGAAGGGAUAAAAAUAAGGCAAAGCUUACUAGGAAAUGCAAAACGAAUCCAAGAUAAAAAGGUUGUAAUGGACUUCAAGUGUUAAAUUAAAACGAAUGUAAUACUUCAAGCAUAGCUAUAUCAAAGUGUUCCAUCUACAAUUGUAAUUUGAACCAUAUCACUCGUAUUGUUGAAAACUUUUCUUGUAAUACAAUAUUGUAAUGUUGGU